CUCAACCAUACAUAAAAUCAAUUACAACAAUGGAAAUCCUCCUGACAUUUAUUGGGAUUUCAGCUGUUUUAGCGAAUUCAUCCCAAUCGGAUGGAUUUCAUUUUGCAAGUAUGGAAUUGGUUGGGUUAAAAAAUGUAAAUUAUGUGCCUGUUAUAUCGCCUGAAGAGCUGAAUGAAUUUUUUAUUGAAUUCGGUUAG